UUCUCCUUCUUUUUCAACCUUUUUCCCUCCUUCAGUCCUUCUCUUGCUUGCACCUUCCCACACUCCAUGUCUUCUUUCCCUCCUCUUAUCUUUCUUUACAUUUACAUUCCCAUUUCUAUAUAUAUAUUACACACCAAAUCUUCUUCUUUACACACCUUUCUCUCUCCUAGAUUUCUCUUAGAUUCUCUUCCUUAAUUGCAGCCUAACACCAAGAUUGCAGGCACACUUCAAAUUGAACGAGCAAAGUUGAAAGCUUUGAUGGGUGGAGGACCAGUUUUCAUUCCAAAAUUAUACCUACUAUUUUGUCUCUUCCUCUGUUCAGGUAUAGCAGCAACAGACAGGAAAACACAGUCAGAUAUUGAAGCAAGGCAACAACAAUUCAGUUCUUCUAUAUCCACUACUGAAAAGGAUAUUACCACACCAAUUACAACUGUUCCCACUCCCACCAUAACUCCUACUACUCCCACCUCAUCAACUCCAAUUAUAAACCCCACUUCAACCCCGGAAACAACCUCGCCGCUGACUCUGACACCUGGAAUAACUCCGGCCACAACCACCCCUACCACAACUCCAGUAUCUUCGGGCGCUAGCUGGUGUGUCGCUACCCAAAGUGCGUCAUAUAAUGCCUUACAAGUUGCUUUGGACUAUGCCUGUGGCGUUGGUGGUGCUGAUUGUUCAGCAAUCCAGCCCAGUGGAAGUUGUUACAAUCCCAACACACUUCGUGACCAUGCUUCUUAUGCAUUCAAUCAGUAUUAUCAGAAGAAUCCAAUUCCAAGUAGCUGUAAUUUUGGAGGAACUGCCGUUAGUACUAGCACUAACCCUAGUUCUGGAACAUGUCAGUAUCCAUCCACCAGCACAAGUUCAUCAGUAUUAAACACAACAAAUUCUAAUGGUGCAACUGUUUAUGGUGCGGUUCCUAAUCCACCGAGCCCUUCUACAUCUGGUGCAUCUACCACACUUCAUUGCAGACCACAAUUCUUCCCAGCAGUUACAUGGCUUUUUCUGUUGCUGGCCAAACACUAUGAAUAAAAAACAAAUGGAAGAAUCCUCAUUUACUUUAUUUUUUAUUAAAGUAAACUUCCAAGUCACGCAAUUGCCUUCAAGGGUUCUUUUGUUUUCGUUUUGUGGAACCAAGAGGCAUAAAUUGGAACAUGCUGAUUGACUUGAGACAAGAAGAUAAUGUCCAAUAUGCGGUUACUGCUGUAUUGAUUUGAUGUAGAAAUGAGGAAAUUGGUUAAGCUGCUUGACCAAUCGCAUAAUUUUACACUAUGAAUUCAACAGUUGUGGAGAUAUCACAUCACAUAGACAAGGUCAGAGAGCAAUGUGAUGAGUUUUGUACUGUUAGGAAUCAUUCUUUUUCUUUUUUUUCUUUUAUAGUGUUGAACAUAAAUAACAUUUAUGGCUUCUGGACUGUUUUGUUAAUGAUGAGAGUAGUUAGCUUUUCUACUUUUACAUUUUCC